AUGACUCGAGCAUUAUGGUAUUACCAAUCAAACCCGAACCCAUUGACAACCAAUGGAACAGUUGAAUGGUCAGCAUAUUCUGAUAUUGAAACAGAAAUAAUUGAAGAUGCAUUUCAUGCAAACCAGAAGCAUGUAGAAUUGAAUUCAUGCGCGAUUGACUUACAGAACAAAGUACAAAUGAAUAAACAAGAUAAACAGAAACAACUGUCUGUUAAACGUAUUGCAAACGCAAAAAGAGAAGGUUCUCUUCGACAGGAACGAUUUUUUUUACCACAACAGCUAACAUCAUUUAGCGAUAAAUAUGUCCCCGGAUUUGGUUGGGAAUGGAGAAACAAAUGUUAUGGCUCACGAUGUGACCCUAAUACUUCUGAUAUUGUGGAAAAAGCGAGUGAAGGUAUAAUGAUUGAAGGCAAAGCCCUCGGUCGGUUAUGCGAAGCUAAAUGGUUAGCAGCCAAGUUAAGAGGGGUGAAAAAUAAAGAUAAUGAUACAAUUGUCAAAUGCUGUCUGUCACUAUAUACACGUGAGUGCUUUCUUUAUAAACUGGUGAACCACACGAUGAGAGAAGACGAUAAAAGUAAGCAAGAAACAUUAGGACCACUUUGCUAUUUAUUACAGUAUAAAGGAUGGCUUAGUUUUUUCCGUCAUCCUAAAUUAAUUGUUUACCGUGGUAUGAACUUGGAUGCAGAACAAAUAAGCAGUUAUCAAAAUGCUGUCGGCGAGUGGAAAUGUUGGAUUGGGUUUUCAUCGACAUCCAAACAGCGAGAAGUAGCUGAAUUGUUUGGGAAUACAUUGUUCAUUAUACAUUUUCAUGAUCAGUUAACUCCUAGUAGUAUAGACAUAUCGUCUUUUUCGUUCAUUCCGGAUGAAGAAGAGGUUCUUUUACUGCCGACUUGUCAGUUCUUUGUCGAAAAAGUGAUCUUUAACUCGCAGACACAGAAAUACAAUAUUUAUCUGAAUGAUGCGUGGUAA